AUGUCAACCACAUUCUCUCCCGCAAGCUCUGCAAUCAACAGAGACACCGAAACCCCCCGCGAUGCGAGCUCCAACGAAGUCACUCUCCACCCGAAUCGUCGCAAUGCGCAAUCACCGACUCGGAGAUUCUGGCACUGGCCGUCGAUUUUAGUGACAGCUUCCAUCGCAGCGCUGAUUUCUCCCGUAUACCAGCUUGCGACCGGACUUCUCUACGCGCCCGACCUUCCAGACCCGACAGAUUAUUUGGGUCGCGCAAAACGCAUCUUGAAAACAACGCCGUUAAUCGAUGGCCACAAUGACCUUCCGUAUCUGAUUCAGGUCGAGCUGCAGAACCACAUUUACUCGGAUUUCAAUCUAAGUAAUAGACUGCUGGGACAUACAGACUUGACUCGGAUGCGCGAGGGGCAGAUGGGCGGCCAGUUCUGGAGCAUUUUCAUCGACUGCGAGCAGAUCAGUUACGUGGAUGAUCCGACGACAUCCGUUCGCGAUGCCCUGGAACAGAUUGACGUGGCGAAACGCUUGAUUCAGAACUAUACGACCGAUCUGGCAUACUGUGAAGAUUCGCACUGCGCGCGACAGGCUUUCCGCAAUGGCAAAAUCGCCAGCAUGUUAGGGCUCGAGGGAGCCCAUCAAGUCGGUAACUCGAUCGCCGCCAUCCGACAAUUCUACGACCUCGGAGUCCGCUACAUCACCACCACGCAUAACUGCGACAACGCCUUCUCGACCUCCGCGUCGACCGUCGCGGCGGGCGGCGAAGACGGUGGCCUGACUCCCUUUGGCCACGAAUACGUGAAGGAAAUGAAUCGCCUCGGUAUGAUCAUCGACCUAUCGCAUGUGUCGCAUCAGACCAUGCGCGACGUUCUCUCCGUGACGCGGUCCCCGGUGAUCUUCUCGCAUUCAGGCGCCUACGCCCUCCAGCGCCAUCUCCGGCAUGUUCCUGAUGACGUGUUGCGCGGCGUUAAGCGUAAUGGAGGAAUUGUGAUGGUCACUUUCAUUAAUCGCUUCUUGAACAUGGAGGAUCCCGAUAGUGCGAGUAUUCGCGAUGUAGUCGAUCAUAUCUUUCACAUUGCGGAGGUCGCGGGAUGGGAGCAUGUCGGUGUCGGAGGUGAUUAUAGCGGUACACCGGAGGUUCCGAUCGGAUUGGAGGAUGUCUCCAAAUACCCCCACCUUGUCGCUGCUCUGCUGGAACGAGGCGCCACCGACGAGCAAGCGCGCCUUUUCGCGGGCGAGAAUAUCCUGCGCGUAUGGAGCGAGAUUGAGCAGACCGGGGCGUGGAUCCGAGGCGAAGGCACGAAGGAAUCGCUACCAAACGAAGCUGUCUGGGAAGGAAGACGGUGGACCAAAGGGCAUAGCUGGUUGCCGUUCAUGUUCUCGGGCACGAGGUCCAGACUGCACGGCGGGAAGAAGGGUCCUAAGCCGGGAGCCAAUGAUUUUAGUAUUAAGAUUUGA